GUCACAUUAUUUUACCUUGUUUAUAGAGGAAACAACACGAAUGUAGGCAAAUAAUACUUAAUAUUUCAAGCUAAACAAAAAUAAAUUUGAGGAGAAAAUGAGUUCGAGAGGUCAAAAAAAGACUGUAGCAGUACCCGGUGGUAGGAGUGGAAGAGGUAGAGGAAGAGGACGAGGUCAACCAAGUUCUGAAUUAGUGCAGAGGGCAAGCGCUGUUGCUGCUCAGUUUGAAAAGCAACCUGAUGGUACUCUGGCUCCAAAAGGAUACACAAAGAGGGAAGUUAAAGCUGCUAAAAACUACGAUGUAGUUUCGUUCGCUCGAGCCAUGAACGAUGACUUUGGAGGUCGAGUAAAAACACUUUUUGAUCCCGAAAGAGAGGCUGCCGAAGAUGCUAUUAGAUCAGGAUUAUAUAUUGGAUGGCGCUGCCCCGAAUUCAAACAUGAUUGCCAAAGAGUAAGCAAACAUUCAAAAUGCUUUUGUGGUCAUAUGUUAGCAAAUCACGAAGAAUUUAAAGCCAUGAGCAGAACAGAUAGAUUUAAAUGCGGGGAAUGUAGGUGUAAAGCCUUUCAGUGGAUACCCUCUCGGUUCGAGGACGUCGGAGAAUUUUGGUUUGCUAGAAGACGAAAUUUUGAUCCAUCAACUUGGCGAGCCAAAUGUAAAUGCAAGCACACACACGAAGAACAUGAUCCUAACAAUUUAAAUUGUAAAAGUUGUGGUUGUGGGAGGUUUAUAUCCAAUUUUUUAUGUGCCGCUUGCGAUAAACAUUGGGAAGAACAUCGAACUUAUUUUGAAGUUGAGGGUGAGCGAAAAGCAAGAGGACUGCCUGUUGGAGAAGCUUAUAUGCCUUUUCAUGAAAUUCCAAGCCUAAAAAAGAUGGUUAUAUCGGGAGAAGAUGAUGGAGAUAUGACUUGGAUGAAGGUUCAAUCGGAAAUGGAUCGAGCUCAAUUACCAGCGCCAGGGCAACAGAGUCAAAGAGGUUCUCAACGCGGUAAUGAUCAACCGUUUCCUGCUGGAGGUUCAAAAACAGGCUUUAGACCAGUUUAUGACUGA